AUGGCCACUGCAUCCACAAUCUUAUCUCUCCAUGGCAAGGGGCUCAAGCUAGAUACUCGCGCAGAUAUCGAACCAUGGAUAAAGGACGUAGAUCCUGCAGUUAUUGAAGGGAUUCAUCUAGGUGGAAACACAAUUGGUGUCGACGCGUCUAAAGCUCUUGCAGAAUUUCUCGAAAAGACCUCUGUCCUUAAGGUCGCGGACUUUGCUGAUAUCUUUACCGGUCGUCUGAUCUCAGAAAUACCCCUCGCAUUGUCUGCGAUCUGCGAUGCUCUCAAAGACAAGACAUCGUUGGUAGAAAUCAACCUUAGCGAUAAUGCUUUUGGAGGUCGAUCUGUCGACCCCAUGGUCCCAUUCCUCACCCACAACCACAGCUUCCAAAUCUUACGACUUACCAACAAUGGACUCGGCCCUGCUGGAGGAGCUGUCAUUGCGGACGCGUUACACGAGUCUGCGAGACUGAGUAAAGCAGAAGGGAAAACAUCGAAGUUGCACACUGUUAUCUGUGGACGGAAUCGUCUGGAAAAUGGCUCAGCGACAGCCUGGGCGGAAGCAUUCGCUGCACAUGGCACUUUGACAGAUGUACGGAUGCCGCAGAAUGGUAUCAGGAUGGAGGGGAUGACAGCUCUUGCUAAUGGCUUAUCCAAGUGUCCUGCUUUGCAACAUAUCGAUUUUCAAGAUAAUACAUUCACCGAAGACGGCUCGGAGAUGGGUGUUAAAGCUUGGGCCGAUGCAUUGUCCUCAUGGCCAGAUCUUACAACUCUCAACCUCUCUGAUUGCGUGCUCUCGAACGAAGGCGAAAUACCUCUUCUGUUGAAAGCUCUUACCACUGGUUCCAAUAUAAAACUACAGUCUCUGCAGCUCCAGAACAAUAACCUGGAGGCGCAAACGUUUGCGUUACUCGCCGAUGCCAUCUCUACCCAUUUAUCCAGCAUCAAAACUCUGGAGUUGCAAUGGAAUGACGCGGAAGAGGACGAUGAAAAUCUUGAUACAAUAGCCGAUACCCUAAAGCAACGAGGAGGGAAAUUAUUUAUAUCCGACGAGGACGAAGAGGAUGAGGAGGCCGCAAAAGAGGAAGAAGAGGAAGAAAAAGAGGCAGACGUUACAGCGCCUUCAAAAUCGGAUGUCAUCCCAAGUGCAGCAGAUAAGGCAGCAGACGCUCUCGCGGACCUUUUGAAUAAAGUUAGCAUCGGUUGAAAGGCCAUUUUUAUAAGGAGAAUUCUUGGGUGACUUGGGUGAAGAGUGUUGUACAUUUGUACAUUUAUGAUGUUGUACCAAGAAAUUACAUAUACCUAUAAGCGUAUACCUUACCUACAUACACGCGAAUUUCUUUUUGCAGGGGUUUAUCAUUUGUCGCCAUUGAAUAUUACCAUGUUACAAAAUACAUGUUUGAAGUGUU